AUGGCGUUUUGUUCACCAUCAUUAACUGAUGGUGAUUUAGAAUUUUAUAUGAGAUUACCGAAUCCAAAUUAUAAUUAUAAUCAACAAUUAACUGAUAGUGAUUAUGUAUUUGUUGUAAAUGAAACAAAUUUACCGGUUGUAUUGUUAUUAGGAUGGGCUGGUUGUCAAGAUAAAUAUUUAGCGAAAUAUUCUGCAAUAUAUGAAGAUAAAGGAUUGAUAACAAUACGUUAUACGGCACCAAUAAAUUGUUUAUUUUGGAAACGACAUGAAAUGAAAAAUCUUGGUGAAAAACUGGUGAAAUUAUUAUUGGAAUUAAAUUUUGAAAAUCAUCCAAUAAUUGUACAUUUAUUUUCAAAUGGCGGUGCAUUUUUGUAUCAACAUUUAUCAAUGGCUUUAAAGAAAACUGAAAAACCAGUUCAGAUCACAGGUGUCAUAUUUGAUUCCGCUCCUGGUGAGCGGCGAGUUCGAACUAUGUUUAAAGCAAUAUCAGCUAUUAUUGGUGGAAAUAUUUUUUAUAAUAUAUCAAUGUCUUUAAUAAUGACUAUAUUUAUUUGUACUAUAUGGCUUUUUGAGACAGUAACAAUUAAAUUUAACAGUGGAAAAACUUUACCAUCAGAUCCAAUAGGAAAUUUGAAAGAUGAAACCUUUUUAUGGCCUCAACAUUUUAUAUAUUCGAAAGCUGAUGAAUUAAUACCAUAUACGGAUAUUGAAAAAUUUGCUGAAGAACGAAAAAAACGUGGUGUAGAUGUGACGGAGCUAUGUUUCGAAGACAGUCCACAUGUAAAACAUUUUAGUUGGUACAAAGAAGAAUAUACAAAUAGUGUUAUAUCAUUCUUGAAGAAAUGUCUUUCAUUAAAAAGUAAUUUUUAUAAAACCGCUGAUACUAAGAAAUAAUCAAAUCAUUCAUUUAAAAGCCCUAGUUAGCAAAUUAAUAAUGUUUGUUUAUUAAUUUGAUAACUCACAGAUGUUU